AUGACAGCGAAACCAAAGGCCGACCUACACAUCGCAAUCCCAACUACACCAACGUUUCCUUCAACACAGGAUCCAAUAACCGACACUUGUACUGUUGACUCUCGUUUUGCUGACACUUGCACUGUUGACGGUUGCUCUACCACAACUAAAAUUCAAAUGUUUGCCAAUCGACGACUAUCUGUCAUGCGUGUAUCGUCAAACGAUGACAUUGACAACUAUGUUUUGCCAUUUUCUAACACAAACACUAAUAACACAAUAUCAAUUACACUUGCGUGGCGAAGACUUGUAGAUAGAUUACGUGCUGCUACUUCUGCUGCAGCUACUUCUGCUGCAGCUACGAUGGCUACAGCAGUCAAUGUUUCUACGGCGGCUAGUAUUACUAAUGCUGUUGCUAAUGCUGAUGAUAACGUUAAUGCUGCUGCUAAUGCUGAUGAUAACGUUAAUGCUGCUGCUUAUGCCACUAAUGCUGUUAAUGCCACUGAUACUUCUACCGCCUCAUGUGACGUACCAUCCUUCACCUUUGUUGCAAAAUUAUGUGCAUACUCUAGAUAUGUCCGAUCCAAAUUAACCUGGCCUAUGACUAAAAAAGUCCUCAGAGCGGCUGUUGCAUAUUGGUUGGCAUUCCUAAUCGAAUUGAUUGUACCCGUAAUGUCUGCCAUUGGGCCCGCUACUUUUCUUGCCGUUGUUGCUGUUGUGUAUUUCCAACCUGCUCGAACGUGUGGGGCAUUAUGGGAGAGCGUAUUCUGGGGUAUAAUUGGCGUAAGCUUCGGUACUCUUCUUUCAUUUACAGCAAUAGAGCUUGGCAACUAUGUACGCGGAGAUGAAGUAUUCAAUUACGGAGCAGCAGCCAUAUACCUCAUUAGCUUAUCAAUUGGAACGUUUGUUAUAUCUUACGUAAAGAUAAAAUGGCCAACGAUGAGAUUUGGAUCGGUAUAUGCGUUGAUUGUAAUAGUAUUCUCAUUGUCCACAGCAUAUAUUCAACCCGCCAUGAGUAAAGUAAUGUUGCGCAAUUUGGUAAUCCCAAUGUUCAUCGGCCCGAUCAUCUCUCUGGUCGUAAAUCAACUUUUAUGGCCCGAACACGGCACAACAAACUAUAUUCCCCAUUUGAUAGAGACAUUGCAUAGCUUUAUUGCACUACUCGAACACGAAACAUCUUUCUUCCUCCGUAACACAUACAACAAAUCAACCAUUUGUUCACUUCAGAAGAAAGCGCAAAAGAAUUUAAUGAAUCUACAAAACGUCAAGAGAGAUUCAUUGCACGAAAUUUCAUACUCGAAAAUAGGCCCAAUGGAUCUAAUUGAAAUCGGCAAAAUCGUCAAACAAAUGCACAUGCCUCUAGACGGACUGGCCCUAAGUGGGAUGAUAGAAGAACAACUCGUAUGCGAUGAAUCCAAUAACGUUCCGGAAGUGAGAGUAGACUUUUUGGACGAAAACGCAUCGUACAUCGACGACGAGCCGCCACCAUCACCAACGGGAAACACACGCGACUUUCAACACCUCCUCGAAAUCAUCCGUCCUAUCUGUACCGACCUCGCCAAAGCCUGUCAAAUCUGUCUCGAAGACUGUGCUUCUCGCAUUGCCCACCUUCGUCAUGAUUGUCAUCCAUCAUGGUACAAGGUCUGGUGCAAGGGAUGCAAUGAAGACGAUAUCAAGAACUUACUACCAGAUCCUAUGGCCGUAAUGUCUGACGCUUUGGAAAAGUUUCACGAUGCAAGAAACGAGGGACUAAAAAAACUGUUCAUUGCAAAUGAAACUAUCAGUCCAUCCCCACAACGACUAGCGUUACUGCUGCUCUUAUUCGAACACAACCUCGAAGAAUUCGCUGUAGGCUUACAAGUUCUUAUUGGCCUAGUUAAACACCUGGAAUCGUCCCGUAGAAAGAAACAACUCUGGUGGCCUCCUAUGCCGUUCUUAAAACGCAUCCAAAUAAGAAAAGCAAUCGAAGAAGGAACUUGGAAAGUAGUGGAACCCGAUCCUCGUAUCGAUGAUGACAUGGGCGAAGGCGAGGACGAUUUCUGCGAUCCUGACGUUAGAGUUCCUCAUACAAAGUCUCAAAUAUUCUGGUAUCGGUUGUGGAAGAUACGAAACUGGCUCGGUGGCAAAUACGUUCGGUUCGCAAUGAAGAAUACGCUUAUUGUUACACUUUUGAUGCUACCUUGUUUUAUACCAUCUACGUCAUCGACGUUUCAAAGCUGGCGGGGCCAAUGGGCAGUUAUUACGGCUAUAUUGGCAUUCUGGCCUACUACCGGGGGAGCCAUCUUGCAAUUCAUAUGUCGUAUCUGUGGAUCAUUUGUCGGAGCUGGAUUGGCUGUUAUUGCUUGGUUGAUUACGGGGGGUAAUCCAAUCGGAUUGGCCGCGACGUUGUUCUUCAUAUCGUUAUUCCUUUGGUUCAUAUUUCACAAUACUCGAAUGUGGACAGUUGGAAGCGUUAUCAUGUUAAUUACAUUCCCGCUAGUACUCGGAAAUGAAUAUCAGAAUGUACACGGAGUUGGCCAUUACGACGAGGAUAUCUUCCUUUUGGCUGGUAAACGUACGCUAGCAGUUUCAACCGGUAUAUUCACUGCUUUCAUCAUGGCUAUCCUCCCAUGGCCACACACGGGAAGAGUAGAAAUAAGACAUCGACUGGCACGAACGAUAUCUCAAGUUGGAGUGUUGUAUUCAAUGACAAUAGCAUUUUUCCUAAAAGACGAUUCUUCUCCGUGUGUUCACACGACAAAGACGUUCAGAAAGUUGUUGAGGAGAAUCCAGCGAUCGACCAACACAGAACGGUUACUCUUAUCGAGAACAAAAUACGAACCACCACUUCGGGGCGAUUUCCCACGAGACUUGUACGGAGAUAUGAUCGAUGUCGUCGAACGUAUGACCUGUAUCAUUGCGAGAAUGGCACACACGCUUACUAGUCUCGAUGAAGAAUGGAAAGAGAACAUCCGUAAUGUGCUCAAACGACCAUCAAAGAGAUAUUAUGUCACGCAUAUCCUAGUAGCAUUCCACAUUCUCUCUAAUGCCCUCGAGCGUCGAUCUCCAUUACCACCAUAUUCGAUAGCCCCGAAAAAAGUAUCAAAGGCUGGAAUAAAAUUUUGGAGUAAAGUGAAGACGUUGAACGAGUUGACCGAGGAACAAUUGGCCAGGCCGGCAUAUGCUUGUUAUUGUGCAUAUCUUAUUAAAACCGGUCACUUGGGGAAUGAAUUGAUUAAGUUGGUGGAUGUUAUGAGGCAAUUAGUUGGAAUUAACAGAUUUGUGAAAGAAUUGAUUGAUUUCUAG